CCAAGAGGGGAGAGAGAGAGAGAGAGAGAGAGAGAGAGAUGGGAUCUCUUUCUCCCUUCACCAUCACCCAAUCUCCGGUUCUUCCUUCUCCGCCACCAUUCUUUUCCGACCAACUCCGCUCCCCACCUCUCCCAACGAACGCCUUCUGGCAGAACUACGUCUUGAAGAACGGCGAUCAACCGGAGUACAUCCACCCUUACCUCGUCAGAUCCUCCAACAACUCCCUCUCCAUCUCUUACCCUUCUCUCUUGGUCACCCUCUCCUUGAUCUCCCAACUCUUCCUCCCUGACCUCACCAUUACCGCCACCACUUCCCCUCAGUCAGCAUCGUCUCCCCAACACACUAUCACCCACUUCGAUGAGACCUCCGUCACUCUCAGCAUCCCCGGAGGCCUCUCCUUCCCUCUAGUCCGCGGCUCCCCUUAUAUAACAUGUAUAGCUUCCGCCGACGCCGCUACCGGAAUCUCAAUCUCCGCCACCAACCCCAUCCUCUCUUUCUCCUCAUCCGGCGACUCCACCUCUCACACCGUCGUGCUCAAAAACGGCCAAACGUGGAAGCUCUACACCGCUCCCGGAGUCCAGUUCACCGCUAACAAUGCGACUCUCUUUGCCCCGAAGUUCGCCGGCGUCCUACGGCUGGCGGUCGUUCCGGACAAGAGCUACGAAUCCGUUCUCGACCGUUACAGCGCCGCGUAUCCGGUGUCCGGCGUUGCCACCAUCACCAAACCUUUCACGAUAGAGUACUCCUGGAGCAAACAAGGGAAUGGAGAGCUCCUGCUCCUCGCCCACCCGCUCCAUCGCCGGCUUCUCGCGAACGGCACCACCAUCUUGCCCGAAUUCCGGUAUCAAAGUGUUGACGGCGAGCUUGUUGGUGUCGUUGGGGAUGCAUGGACUCUUGGGACUGGUGCAAUCCCUAUCACAUGGCACUCCAAAUCCGGCGUGGCCAAUGGAUCCUCGCCGGAAAUUAUCGCUGCACUUCAAAGCGACGUGGCCGGAUUGAACACCAUCAACACUACAUCUUCUUAUUUCUACGGGAAAGCGAUCGCCAGGGCUGCUAGGCUGGCGAUGAUUGCCGAAGAACUGCAAGUUCCGGGCCCGAUUCCGACCAUUACUCAGUUCCUGAAGAGCUCAAUCACUCCAUGGCUCAAUGGAAACUUCCAAGGCAAUGGUUUUCUCUACGAUUCCAUGUGGGGAGGGCUCACAACCAAGAGCGGCUCGGUUGACUCGGGCGCCGACUUCGGAUUUGGAGUUUACAAUGACCAUCAUUUCCAUCUGGGCUACUUCGCUUACGGCUGCGCCGUGCUCUCGAAGCUCGACCCGAGCUGGGGGAAAAGCUUCCGGCCGCAGAUUUACGCUCUGGUGGAUGAUUAUAUGUCUAUGAACUCAUCAAAAACGUCUACAAAGCUCAGGAACUUCGACUUAUGGAAGCUGCACUCAUGGGCCGGCGGCCUGACGGAGUUCGGCGACGGCCGGAACCAGGAGAGCAGCAGCGAGGCCAUCGCCGCUUACUAUUCAGGGGCUUUGGUCGGCAAGGCAUUUGCAGAUCAGCAGCUGGUGACGGUCGGAUCAACACUGGCAGCAUUCGAGAUACAGGCAGCACAGACAUGGUGGCAUGUGGGAGAUGAGAGCAUGGUGUACAACACCACUUUCAGCAGCGACAACAGAGUUACAGGGGUUCUGUGGUCUAACAAGAGGGAGAGCGGCCUCUGGUUUGCACCGGCGGAGAGAAGGGAAUGCAGGCUGGGCAUCCAGCUGCUGCCCAUCCUGCCGGUGACGGAGACACUGUUUCAAGAUGUUAAGUACGUGAAGCAGCUGGUGAAUUGGGCGAUGCCUGCGUUGUCCAGGCCCGGCGUCGAGGAUGGCUGGAAGGGCUUCGUCUAUGCCCUGCAGGGAGUCUAUGACAGAGGCCAAGCUUUAGCGAGUAUAAAAACCCUCACAACGCAUGACGACGGCAACUCCCUUACCAAUUUGCUGUGGUGGGUCUAUAGUAGGUGAAAAUGAGUCGAUGCGUUAAUUAUUCGCUGCAGAUUAAUAUUGUAUCUUCUUUAGUUUUUUUUCUUUUUUCUGACAUUUAUUGUCCAGUUAUGCGUUUGUAGAUUUGAACUACUAUUAAGGCUGAAUUCGUGUGAUAAAGCCAUUUAGGAAACAAUUCUUUAAUGCAUGUACUUACCAUC